UUCAAUUAAAAAUAAUUUGAUUUAUUUAUUCAAGAAAUACUUGUUAUGCUCGUUGCCAUGGUCACACGGUUAUCUCUCGGUCUUUUCUUAUAACUGGUUCCCGUCUUUCUGACUGAUACGAAUUACACAUAAUUACUGAGCCGAGGACAAUCUUAAUAACGGCUUAUAAAAGCAAAAAACACGUGCAGCCUUUCUCACUUACGUCGUAGUCUACCUGUAAAGAACAUCGAACUUACAACUUUUCUUCUGCUACGUAUAUAUAUAUAUACUAGUUAAUCUACUCGGAUUCUAAUGCCGCGUGGGCGUGUUAGACAGCGAGGCGGCAGGGCUAGGGCAGGAAGGCCAGCCAGGGCAAACAGAAAUGCCGACGGCCAGCAGAAUGAAGCAGGCGGCCAGCAGAAUGAGGCAGAACGAGGCAAUAACCACCCAAACACCCGCGGGCAGAAACGAAGAGCCGAUGACCUUGAGCACGCUGAAAGGACACCGCCACGUGGUCCGGCAGAGCCAUCAGAUAUAGAUGACGGAGGCAAUAUACUGUUACAGGAAAAUGCCGAUGUGUGGGUCCUGGGAGAUUCAAUUCCGUUCUGGGCUGGUAAACGAGCAGCAGACACCGGUAAACCCAACCUUUCGUUACCCGAUAUAACUAUAGCUUGGUGGGGAAUAAGCGGACUUCGAUGGACAUCAUUUCGCCAUUCAGUACAGACUCAAGUAUUACUGUCAUCGCCACCAAGGGCUAUCAUCUUACAUUUAGGUGGUAACGAUUUGACAAGUUUAUCUUCUAUCGAGCUAAGGGAGUUAAUAGAGACAGAAGUGAAAUAUCUACGCGAUGCCUUCCCCGAGACAAUUAUCAUUUGGGUAGAUAUUUUACCAAGGAGGGUCUGGAGGGGGGCCUGUAAUCUCAAAGCUAUUGACGUCAAACGCAAACGAAUAAAUAGAUCGGGCCGGAUUAUUACAAGUCGGUCUGGCAGGAGUGAUAUAGUGAGCCCAGAUAUUGAUACGGCUACUAAUUUUUUCAGAUCUGACGGGGUCCAUUUAAAUGAGGUGGGGUUGGAGUUUUAUCUGUACUAUUUGAAAUCUGCCAUAAUAAAAAAUCUCUGUGCGUCUCAAUAAUAAUUUUGGGGGAUAAAUUGAAAUUUAUUGUGGCGGUAAAAUUCUUAUUGGCCGGAAGGUGACCAGGCGUUGCAGUUUCUAUGAAGUAAAUUUAACAAGUUAUCGUUAUUUACAAUUUCAAAUUUCGCUUACUUCGGAAUAUGGGCGUGACUUCUCUCCUCGAUGGCAUUCUAUUUUGCGUUCAAGAGGAGACAUGGCCGUCCGUAUUCGGAUUUUUCUAUCUUAUUUCGCAGGUCACUACUUUAUGUAAGCUGUUAUUGUUACUCUGAGUCACCAGGUUAUUUCAAUGGUUGUCAACUGGACUGUUGCUUCCGGUUACUUGUUUACUUAUUGUUGUCGACCCGAAUGUUGCUUCGGGUCACUAAGUAGUGGUAAACUCGAAUGUUGCUUCGGGUUUGUUUGUAGUCUGUCGUUGACCUGAAUGUUGCUUCGGGUCACUAGGUCUGGCCCAUGUAGUUUUGGUAAGGCCUAGUCGACGUGUUUGCUGCCAGUAACGCAUUACAGGUUCUACCGGCAUACCUCGUAUCGAGCUGGUAGUGUGAUUAUGGGUCCUUUGCUUUCAAGGUUGGUACCGAUUCACGGUACGGUCAACUUGGAAGCUGGGGUCUAUGAUUGCACGAUCAGUGGGACUCCUUUGGUAAUGUGACGCAUAGCAAUUGAUGCCAUUAGUAAUAUUUUCAAAGGUGACUCGGCGACCGGGAUCCUUUUGGCAAUUUCACUUGUAAUGUUUGGCACGCUUGGUCCCUUCCGGUCGAUGAGC